CGCGGGAUCAAGCUGAAAUCCAAUAUGGCUGACAAACAAAGACCAAUUUUUUCUCCUUGAGAAAUCGCGAUCUUUUGGCUCUCAGCUCAAUAGAAACGUAUGAACUGCACAAAUUUAGGUAGUCUGUAGCUUUAGAUAUCAUCUGCUAUUAACAAUGGUUCUGUUCGCGAUGAUUACGCGUGUUUCAGAUGGAAUGCCUCUGUCUGCUUCCACCGACCUCGACAUGCAUUUUGAGCUUAAAGAAAGCAAGAGACUCGCCAAAAGUUUAGCCAGAAAAGCUAAUCAGUAUCCAACUAGAUGUGCCAUGCAAUGUGGAAAUCAUAUGAUAUAGUAAGUUGCCAGUAUGAUAAAUACAUGUACACGUAGGCAAGACAAGAACAUGUCGCCAAGCUUAAGACGAGGAAUUGUGAGUUGUGUGAUCAGAAUAACUAUAUGUGCAAAACCAGUUGAAUAAUGAGUAAUCUUCUUACUCGUAAUCAUUUUAUGGUCCAAAUACGUCCUAUUUUCAUUUGUUAAACUUAAUUUUGUGGCAUAGGCACGCAAGGGUGAAUUUUCCCCAAAAUCACUCUUGUUCUGCCCCUUUUAUACCUAAAAUUACGACAGAUGCACUCCUAGAAAUAUUGUUAGUAUAGAAACCAUCAGAUUGCUUGUUAGUUUAUGGUAAUCUUUGCAUUUGAUUGCAUGUACCUGACUUAAUUUAUGUGCACUACCCAGCCUCACAGUAACAGUGUGUUAGAACGUUUCCUGAGGUGCUGAUGAGGAGAAAUUGUUUUGCAAUCAAGAGCUUAUUUAGUUAGUAAUUAUUUCCUCGAUUCUCAUGACAUUAUUCUUUAAUUCAGGGGAGAUAUUGUAAAGAGAAAUUAGAUGCUACUCACUCUUAUGGGUGAACAGGUUCAGUACAAUGCUUCUAUCAUUUAGAUGGGGAUAAGAAAGGUAGUCUGGAAGCAAUGUGAGUCUAUUGAGUUGUAAAUGGAAGUUUUUCUUUUAUGUUGUUUUUUUCCAUGUUUUAGCUUUGUGAAGGCUGUUGGAGUUUGUUUCUUGGCUGUUUGUAAUGGAACCUAUCCCGCUGUUUUGGUGUUCUGUUUCCUUGAGGAGCUUCAGCGUGAAUUUGUAAUAACAUUUCAAAGUCAAGAUGUUCAAAGAGCAAAGAGACCCUAUUCAUUCAUAGAAUUUGGUGAGUGAUAUUCAUUUAUCGAUAAAAAUUUUGUGAGAUGCCAUGCACAACAAAAAACAUGUUGAUUUGUUGGAGUUAUUAAGAUAAACCAUGCUGAAAAACACCAACAGCAGAUCAUCAGGUAACCAUUCAACUGUAUGACCUAAGGAAGACUACACCCUGUACCAGUUUAGUCAUUGAACUGUUUCAAUCCUCAAUGAGUAUGCUUUUAAGUCUGCUGUCUAUGUAGUGACUCUAACUAAGAGAUUAAGAAUGGAACAUUGUUUUAUCAAGUUCUUAGAUAUGUUCUGAACAGGAAUGUUCAGGUCUCCUGAAUUGGGUAUUGGCUUAACCCUUCAACCCCUAAGAGUGACCAGCAUCUAAUUUCUCCUUACAAUAUCACCCUUAAAUCAAACAUUAAGGUCACAAGAAUUGAGGAAAUGAUCAGCAACUAAAGCAGCUGUUGAUUAGCAAACAAAUUCUCUUCACGAGUCAGCACCCUAGGAAAUAUGCAGUGAAUAGUAUGAAGAAUAUAGAUACUGAUGUUAAGAAGUAAAGGAUUAAGAAAUUACUGUUAACCCUUUCACUCCCAGGAUCUCAUUAAUAAUUCCCCUUACUGCACUGAACCUGCUAUACAAUUCUAUUGAUGUUACAGUAGUACUGAGAAUUUGGCAUUUGAUCAACUAAUAAUCCCCCAAUUGAUAAUUAUUUUUUUCUUUAUUCUCGUCACUUGUCUGCUUAAUUUUUUGGGAGUUUAAGGGUUAAAUAAAUGAAUGACUGACUAUUUUAGUUUUGAGAUCAUGUUUUAUAUCCAUGUAAAUCAUGCUUAUAGAAGAUACUGCAUUAAUUUUUGAAAAUACCCCAGUACAUAUAAAUCUAGAACUUAAAUGCAACAUUACACUCUCUUGAUAAUCAACAUUAUUUUUCAGCAUCAAACACUUUAAAUUAUAACUUUAUCACAGCGUAAAGAUAUUAUUUUACCCUAUCAAUAAAAUUAUUAUUAAGGAUGACAAAUAUAUAUAUAUUUUUAAUUUUCAUGGCAUAGAUUCCUUCAUUCAGAAAACCAAGCAAAGAUACAACAACACAAGAACUUUGACAUCACGGCUUAAUUUAAGUGAAAUGAGUGAAGAUUUACACAACAACCCUCCAUUCCAGAUAUCACAAUCAGAACUUGGACCAGAAAAUAACACAGAUGUCAAGACUUACAAGACAGGAGGUAAAUACGCAGUAUGCUUUUAUUGUAGAACAACUAAAACUCCUUGUACAUGUAGCUUUUUGAAUCAAUCAAAAUGAAUCACCUUCUCCCCUCCCCCCCCCACCCCCACCCCCACCCCCAAGCAACAUGAAUUUUACUAUAGCUUAUAAUCCAGAAAGAAAGCAUCAAACUAAUUGUAUGAAGUUUUAUUGAAACCUCAGUCUGCUAACUGCUCUAUUGGUUGGAUGAGUCUGUAUUGUAAAAGUUGGCAUCAAAUAAAAUAGAUGCUAGCCAGGAAGGAGAACAUUGUUGUUACUGCAAGGUCAACAUACAUGAAGUGAUUUACUAUCACUAUUUCUUUCAGGCCCAACAAGACGUCUUGAACCCUUGACAUGGAAAAGUCUCACUGCCUGUGUUUUAGCAGGAAUUUGUGGACUUCUUAACUUUCUAAGAUGUUUUCCAUUUUUAAAUGUUAUAGUACUUGAUGAUGAGGUGAGGAAAUAAUGCUUAUUCUUUUGUUCCUCUGUCAUUUUGGUAACUUCUUACAACCAGGGUGGGUUUGCUCAAAGCUGGGUUAAGCUAACCCAGGAUUAGCCUAAAUCUGAUUUCAUAUCUGAAAGCUUCAAAAGAAAAUUCUGUUUAGUGAUUACUUUUGUCUAGAAUUUGAUGAUGGAAAUUGCUAUAAAAAGAUAAAGAUAAUUAUCUGAAGAGGCUUUUGCACAAAGGAAUAAAGAAACUCGGAUUAAAAUUUAACACUGGGUUAGUGCUAAUUGGCCUUUGCACUUCUGGACUUAAGAUAACAAAUCUUUCAAUUAAAUCUGGUUAUUGUCCACCAAAUGUGGGUUUGAAGACCUUACAUGGCAUCUUAUUGCCCUGUGUAAAGGUUUUCUUUUAGAGAUUUCUACAUUCCCUAUCAUGGUCAGAGUGGACAAUUCCACAAUUGGCAGCCACAGGUGAUAAAAAGGUUGAUGAAGUCCCUUAGAUUGUGUGAUGUGGCUAGCAACCUUAAGUUACCACAUCUUUGGGAUUUAUGACACAUUCAUUACACCACAGUGUGCUUGAGUGAAAACUCUAUUCAGGGGACAAUUUCAGGACUAGAAAAAGUAUUCCAUUAAUAGAUGACUGUGUCCUUUAGAUGAAGGAAGUCAAACAAAGUGUGUCGUUGAGCCUCCAAUAAGCAGACACUAGGGAGGGGUUGGACACAAAAAACUCCCCAGCCUUUUUUUAAUAAGAAUAACUGAUAUUAAGAUGUUAUGGGGGCCUCUGUGGGGGGUACACCCUCAAGACUAGAAAAAAGUGUCAUCACAUCCCUUUAAGGAGAAGAUGACUGUGACAGAACUGAAGAAGCAUGGCUUCAGUGUAGGCCAUGUUUUUUUUCCCAUGACUAGAAGAGGUCCUACUGUAGAUAAUAGCCAUCCUUUAUUGAAGUGUUUAGUUUACCUUGUCAAGGACCCAGUACUUUUCAUUUGUCUAACCCUUUACACCCUAACAUCAGUAUGUACUGUUCUCUAUCCAUAUCCUAAGGUGCUGGCAAUGAAAGUUUUUUUAAACAAUCAAGAGCUUCUUUAGUUGGUGAACAUUUCCUUUAUCCUCAUGACCUUAACCCUUUCCACUCCCAAGAUCUAAUUAGUAAUUCUUCUUACUAUCUGCCGUACAAUUCUUAUGAUGUUAGUUCAGAGAAUUUGGUAUUGGAUCAACUAAUAAUCCAUGACUGAUAUUCUUCUCUAUUCUCAUCAGCUACCUGCUUGAUAUUGUAUUGAUAUUGUAAGGAGAAAUUCUGUCUUGGUCACUUGUGGGAGUGACAUGGUUAAUGAGUGAUUCAAGGUUGAUAAUGUAAGGAGAAAUUAGAUGCUGGUCAUUGUUACAUUUACAUGUAGAGGUCAAAGGAUUAAUGCUUUUUACUUUUACCAAUUGUUAGGCCAGUGCUACUUGGUUCUCGGCUGUUGGCUUUUUGCUUGCUGGUGUUUUGAACUGUUGCCAGGUUUGUAGUCCCUUUCUUAUUUAAAUAUUUAUUUAUUUUUUACUUUUAUUUAUGAUGAAGUGCUUUCCCUGUUAAAAAUAUUUGGCUGUAUUUUUACUAUAUGGAACAACUAUACAUUUAGAAGAACCUUGUCUAGAAUAAGCCAAUGCUGUGAUUUGCGAGAUGUGAUGAAGUAAAUAAUGAAAGUCAUUCUCAAGCCCUUCUUUUAUUUUAGCCAGUCUGUUCUUUCUCUGUUACAAAGUUGUUCUCAGAGUCAUUGCCUUGUCAUCAUCUUGUUUCACCAAUGUGUAAACUUUUUGGACUAUACAUGUGUGCAAGUCUUGUGCCAUAUGACCUCAGUAGUGGUAUAGGUGAAAUAAUCGGUAAUGUUAACCCUAUAAGAGAGAAUUUCUCCGCACAAUAUCAGUACAAUAUCAACCAGAUAAGUGAUGAGAAUGAAGACAAAGAUCAAUUUGGGGAUAAGAAGUUGAUCAUAAUGAUAAUUAUACUAAAUUCUUCGAAGUAACAUUAUAAGAAUUGUAGGGUUUUUUUUUUGGUCUUUCUGUUUGUUUACACUGUAUAUGUACCUAGAUUUAUGCACCAUUACCUGAAUGUAUCUCACUUCCUCAGCUACCUGUAUACCUACCCACCAACUGGUACAUCUGCUACUUAGAUACUACCUGCACAUGUAACAACUUUUCUCCUUUGACUGUCUUUCCUGCCUGUCUCCCUGUCUGUAAUUUGUCCACAUGUGGGUUCAGUGUGUCUGUCAGUAUGCCACUCUAUCAGACCAUGAGUUUUUUUUUUUUUUUUCCAUGGUCUGUUAGACCACAAGCCAGUUUGUCUGUUUUUCGGUAUGUGAGCCAGUGUCUUCUUGUGCCUGUUGUCUCUCUGUCGUUCUGUGUCUAGCCACUUCAAGCUGAUUGGACCACAAAUAGACACAAAUUAAUUAUAUGUAGGAUAAAGUCAAGUUUAUUGAAUGAAAAAUGGAUUUGACAAGUGUGCUUUUUUGUUGUUUUCUCUCACAGCUUCUGCUCCUGCUGUUUUCAGUCAGAUGGAGGAUGCCGCUGGCAAGAAUAUUAUUUGGCUUGCUUCUCUUUUUAAUUUACUUGCUACGAGGCCUUCGAAACAUCUGGCAGAUUCUCUUCCACCUCACAGUUGCUGCCCUUGUAUUAUAUCAAACUGCUAAGCGACAGCUACAAGCAAAGCCCCCUGAUUACAAUGUAUAGGAUCAAGAAAUCAGCAUAUAGAUAACAAUGGUUUUAAAAAGAAAAUGAUGUAAUAUACAAAUCUGAAAAUGAAAGCAAGUUUAUAUCAUGAACGCAGGUAGUCAAGCAUCACUUGGUUGUUUGUGUCACAAUUUCAAAACACAUAUUGAGCUUUCAGUGGAUAUUAUGAAUUUACAGAGAUACUAUGCUCAUUGGUGGAUAGGUGUGUUAUAGAGAUGAGUUUGUAAAGAGGGUGGUGGAAUUUUACAAUGUAGAUCUGUGCAUAUUUCUAAAGCCCAAGGAGAAGUCAAAGGUUUGCUCAACUGUGUCAAUUUUCUCAAUUCUCCUGUGUUGCAGUGGAGUUAUCUAAACACAACAUCUUAUACAACAUCAAUAUAUGGGCUGUUUUACAAGGACCUUUGUGACUGGGUGUUUGUUUUAUUUACUGCUUUUCUCAAUUUUUAUUCAUUAAUAUUUCACUACAUUUUCAUUUGCAAUCAAAGAACAAUCCAAUUAAGAGGAACUCAUGUCAUUCCUCUACAACUUCCUGGACUAAAACAUGUUCCUCUGCAUUACAGCUUUUUUUUUUUCCAAAAGAACCAUUAGAGGAAUACUCCAGAGUUUAAUUUUUCUCUCUGACAUGGAACAAAAAAAUUACGUGACACCUCAAUAAUGAUCAAAGUUUAAGAUUCCAAACAGUAACAAACUUUCUAAAAAUUGUCUUGAACCAUUUGAGCCCUAAGAGCAACUAGCAUCUAAUUUCUCCCUACAAUAUAACCCCUGAAUCACACUUUAAGGUCAGGAGAAUAAAGGAAAUGAUCACCAAAUAAAGAAGCUUUUGAUUUCUAUACAAAUUCUCCUUGUCAGCACCAUAAGAAAUGUUGAAGGAACAGUAUGGAGGACCACCUCGCGAUAUGACCCUUUAACUUAAGGGUGAUCAGUAACUAUUUUCUCCUAUCCGUAUCACCCUUAAAUCAAAAAUUGAGGUCAUGAGAAUAACGAGAGUGAUCACCUACUGAAGUAGCUCUUAAUUGUAGCACUUGUGGCCAAACAUGGGAGAGCACGUGCCAAGAUCAUCACAAAAUUUUACACUACAGGCUGUGAAAAUAAUCUCUCUUUUUUUUAGCUCAAAUAAAACUGUUCUCUGACUCAUACUCAUCUUUUUCGUUCCUAAAUCGCUCUCCACAACUUUCGUAAGUUUUGUCCUGUAUUAGUUGAUGUUCAGAGAGACCUAAGUUAGCCAUCAAAAUGCACUCAGGUACAGCUG